GCAAAGUGUGGGUUAAUUGUGUUUAUCAGUAUCGUAAUUAUAAUUAGAAUUUAUAAUGCCGUUGGAAAAUUUAGAAGAAGAGGGUUUAGAGAAAAAUCCCAAUUUGGAAUUGGCCCAAACAAAAUUUUUAUUAAGUUUGCCAGAACAUAAGGAUGAUCCAUAUUUAAAGAACAAACUGUUAGAUGCCAUUAAAGCAGAAAAUAUGGCUCCAUUUUAUGAAGAAGUUUGUAAAGAUUUGAAUUGGCCAGUCGAUGAUACUCUUUUAACUUCUAUGAAAACUAAAAAUAUGGAACAAUUAAAAGAAUUAGAUGAUGCAAUUGAAGAUGCUGAAAAGAAUUUGGGUGAAAUGGAAGUGAGAGAAGCUAAUCUUAAAAAAUCAGAACAUUUAUGUAGAAUAGGUGAUAAGGAAGGUUCCAUUUCGGCAUUCAAAAAAACUUACGAUAAAACUGUAUCAUUAGGACAUAGAUUAGAUAUUGUAUUUCAUAACAUUAGAAUUGGAUUAUUUUAUUUAGAUCAUGAUCAUGUUACAAGAAACAUAGAAAAAGCUAAAAGUUUAAUAGAAGAAGGUGGUGAUUGGGAUAGACGAAAUCGUUUAAAAGUAUAUCAAGGAACAUAUUGUAUAGCUGUUCGUGAUUUCAAAGAAGCUGCAAAUUUCUUUUUGGAUACAAUUAGCACAUUCACUAGUUAUGAGCUUAUGGAUUAUAAUACGUUCGUGAGAUACACCGUAUAUUUAAGUAUGAUAAGUUUACCUAGGAAUGAACUUAGAGAUAAGAUUAUCAAAGGUUCAGAAAUUUUGGAAGUGCUUCAUAGUAAUCCAGAUGUGAAGGAUUAUUUGUUUUCUUUAUAUAAUUGUCAAUAUGCUGAUUUCUUUAAAAAUUUAGCACAUGUUGAAGGUUUAUUACGUAGAGAUUACUUAAUUUUUCCGCAUUACCGAUAUUAUGUUAGAGAAAUGCGUAUUCUCGCUUAUACACAACUUCUAGAAUCUUAUAGAUCUUUAACGCUUCAGUAUAUGGCUGAAGCAUUUGGUGUUACAGUAGAAUACAUUGAUCAAGAAUUAUCACGUUUUAUUGCUGCCGGAAGAUUGCAUUGUAAAGUUGAUUGCGUUGGUGGUGUAGUUGAAACUAAUAGACCAGAUAGUAAAAAUUGGCAAUAUCAAGCUAUGGUUAAACAAGGUGAUUUGCUACUUAAUAGGGUUCAAAAAUUAUCGCGUGUUAUUAAUAUUUAAGUAAAAUGAGAGAAUAAAUCAUGACAUCAUAUUUUAACAUCUA